AUGCAUCGAUACCGCCCUAAAAGGAAGAAUAACAUAAAUGUGGAACAGAACUACGUUUCCCAUGAUGCACCAGCGGGGGGAGCGUCGGGCUGUCAUCGCCGGCGGAGAGGACUCGGUUCAGCAUCUCCGGAGCUGCGGAGCGGAGACGAGGACAGAAACACGGUGUUCGCAGACAAAAUGAGCAGGAAUUAAGUCGCUCCGCCGCCCGCCGCGUCGCUCCGCCGCCAUGCCCGAACCGGAUAUUUAGCGACCCGAACCUCCUCGUCCGCCUCGGAUCAGCAGCGCGGAGACCGGACUUCAAUUCAUCCAUGAGAUCUGCGGAGAGGCUCUGGCGCUCGGUGGAAACGCAGAAAAACACACGAUGAAGAAGCAGUUCAACCGGAUGAGACAGCUCGCCAACCAGACAGUGGGCAGGGCUGAAAAAACAGAAGUAUUGAGUGAGGACCUACUGCAGGUGGAGAAACGAUUGGAGCUGGUCAAGCAGGUUUCCCACAGCACGCACAAGAAGCUGACCGCCUGUCUGCAGGGUCAGCAGGGCGUGGAUGUGGACAAAAAGUCUGUCAGGUCGCCCUCGAAAAAGCUUCCUCUCACGACACUCGCGCAGUGUAUGGUGGAGGGGGCGGCCGUGCUAGGGGAUGACUCUCUCCUGGGGAAGAUGCUGAAGCUCUGCGGCGAGACGCAGGACAAACUUGCACAGGAGCUCAUCUCAUUCGAGCUCACCAUCGAGAAAGAUGUGAUUGAGCCGUUAUACGAUCUAGCAGAGGUGGAAAUCCCAAACAUCCAGAAACAAAGGAAACACUUAGCCAAACUGGUCCUGGACAUGGACUCUGCUCGCACAAGGUACCACCAGUCUAACAAAUCCUCGGGACUGUCCAGCAAUCUGCAGCCUACAGGAGCUAAGGCCGACCACCUCAGGGAGGAGAUGGAGGAGGCAGCCAACCGCAUGGAGAUCUGUCGAGAUCAGUUAUCAGCAGACAUGUACAGCUUUGUGGCCAAAGAAAUAGACUAUGCAAGCUACUUCCAGACAUUGAUAGAAGUCCAGGCAGAGUACCACAGGAAAUCAUUAGAGCUGCUCCAGAGUGUUUUGCCGCAGAUCAAAGCUCAUCAGGAGACCUGGGUGGAAAAACCGUGCUACGGGAAACCAUUAGAGGAGCACUUAGCACUCAGCGGGAGAGAUGUCGCCUUUCCUAUUGAAGCCUGUGUCACUAUGCUGCUGGAGUGUGGCAUGCAGGAGGAGGGUUUGUUCAGAAUCGCACCUUCGGCCUCCAAACUGAAGAAGCUGAAGGCGUCUCUGGACUGUGGGGUGAUGGACGUUCAGGAGUUCUCUACAGACCCGCACGCCAUCGCAGGAGCUUUGAAGUCGUACCUGCGCGAACUCCCCGAGCCAUUAAUGACCUUUGAGCUCUACAACGACUGGAUCCAGGCCUCCAACAUCCAAGACCAGGAGAAGAGACUGCAGGCUCUGCUCGGUGCCUGUGAGAAGUUGCCUUCUGCCAACAACAACAACUUCAAGUAUUUGAUCAAGUUCCUCUCCAAGCUGACAGAAUACCAGGAUGUGAACAAGAUGACUCCUGGAAAUAUUGCCAUCGUCCUCGGCCCCAACUUGCUGUGGACUCACGAUGAAGGGAACAUCACAGAGAUGAUGACGACAGUUUCCCUUCAGAUCGUUGGCAUCAUCGAGCCCAUCAUCCAGCACGCUGACUGGUUCUUCCCCGGAGAAAUUGAGUUCAACGUCACAGGAAACUAUGGCAGCCCAGUCCACACCAACCACAAUGCCAACUACAGCUUGAUGCCGUCUCCAGAUAUGGAUCAGAUGGCUCCCAGGCAGAACGACCAGAGCCGACGGCCGCUGAGUGUCGCCACGGACAACAUGAUGCUGGAGUUCUACAAGAAAGAUGGCAUAAGGAAGAUCCAAAGCAUGGGUGUCAGGGUGAUGGACACUUCUUGGGUGUCACACAGGGGCCCGCCGUCGACUCGUAAAACGUCCUCAACGCCACCAAACGUGCACCCCUCGACCCCGCCCGCUGAAGCUCCCAUCCCCGAACAGCCUGGGGAUUUCUAUGCAUCCCCAUCCCCCACCCCUCCUCCCACUAGCAGCGAUCGAGCCAGCUCCGACGAGGCUUCUUCCAACUGGUCCGACUCCUGUUACGUCUAUCCCUCCCCCGAGGAGGAGAGGCCCCCUCCCCCUUAUCCUUUUUUCUCUUCCUCCUCCUCUUCUUCCUCCUCUUGCUCCUCCAACUCGUUCCCUCACCACCAUAUCUACACCCGAGCACUUCAGAGUAUGCGUCCCACCGCUCCCACUCCUGAAUCCGUUCUACCCCCUGGCCCGUCCCCUCCGCCCCGCCUAGCCGGAUGCAGCCCACCCCCUCUCCCCUAUUCCCCGUGCCCGUCGCCCCAGCAGCUUGACGUCAACUCCAACCCCAAACCUAACUCUCUGCACCUGCCUAAACGGGCCUCCCUGCCCGACACUAUGCAUGCGACCCCGUCCGAAACGAACGGCUCCACCCUUUACAUCAAACCCCCGCUCGUUCUUACUCGUCACGAUCUGUUCCUGGGCCCCCCUAAACCUCCCAACACCCCUCUUUCCGCUCCCCCUCCGUGGGCAGCCUCUGCCUGUAGCCGGGAGAGAGGAGCCAAGCUGAAGAGCACUCUGAAAAACAAGGAGCUGUCUCCGGUGAUUGGACAAAAGGGACUACAAGGAGUAGUGACUUCCGGUGGACAGUCUCAGCACUCUGAGCACAGCCCGCACAGUCUGAGGAGAGCAAAGAAGCUUGCCCCCAUUCCACCUAAAGGCCCUUACUGCCAGUCAGGGGCCAUUUCCGACCAGUCGACAGGUCAGCCGUCUCCGGUCAGCCUGUCUCCUACGCCUCCUAGCACCCCUUCCCCGUAUGGCUUCAGCUACCCACAGGGUUAUGCCACCAUUGGCUCCCCGAGCCAGUCCCAGACGGCAACAACCCCCUCUCUGUCUUCUCCUCCCUCGCUGGCAGGGACGCUCACCAAGCCCAGACCGACCCCCAAGCCCCCUCGUAACAGGCCCAGCCUCCCUCCCCCUCAGCCCCCCACUACACCUGGCACUAGUCCUCAGCCUCUGGAGCAUUCAUCGGGCCUCCUGGAUGGUUUACCUCCUGGGGAAAGCAUGUCCACAGAUUCCCUCUGCAACUUGGACAUCCCCUUCAUCAGCAUGGAGCUGGACAGCAUCUUAGAGUUGACCUACAUCUCCCCCUUCAGGAACUCACUGACACUUUUGGAGUCGCCCAAAAGCAAAGCGGACUCGGAGGAGGAGUCCGAAAGCACAGUCCUAUGACCCCCGCCAGGCUUCCAGCGACCCGGCACCACCGCCGCUGCACCACCGAUCCUCUCCCGUUCGUCACCCAACGCCUCGGUCCCCUGAGCCUGGACGGCCGCUCUCGUUGCCAGACCUCACCUUUCCCGGAUCCAGUCGAGCCGACGAGUAAAAACAAGCGCCUCAGCACAAGAAGCUUUCCGUUUCAUCCACCAUUUUGCAUUUUUCAAUUGCAUUUGCUGGAUUAUUUUCAUAUAUAUUUUUUUUUUUUUAUGUUUUCUAUUUGUUUUGCCUUAUUUGAUUCACAUGCAAUAUUGCCUUUAACGCCACGCAGGAGGCUGCCCGGAUCCUGGAGGAAUGAGAGUUUCUCACUGCUGUUGCUGCUGCUGCUGCGUAAUGAGUGAAACUGAGAAGAAGCGACAUCGCUGCUUGUUUCCUGAUUUAUUUUCCCCUUCGCUCCUCUCGCUCCUCGGGGGGGGGGGUGUCCGUCUGAAAUGCGUCAGUCGUGGAUGUGUUGGCCCCAGAUUUCUGUGCUGCCUGGGCAUUCACUGUGAGUGUCAGUAUGUAUGUGUGUGUGUGUGUGGGUGGGUUUUGCUAGUGUUUAGGUUGUACUACAUGAUGUUGCACUGGUGUUGUGGAGCAAAAGCAGGAAUGCAUUAUUUUAGACAUGUAGGGAAUUACCUUUGAGGUGAUAACGAAGUUAAAAGCUCAAACGUGCUUUUAUUUUAUUUUAAAGUGACAUUCGGUAAGAACAUCAGGCACUGGAUAUUUAUUAUUUAUAUACAGUAUAUUUUCAGAGUCUAUGAGAUAUUCACAACAGAUAUCCAGUCAGAUCGUAUUUUGUAUGAAGAGGAGAGUUAUAUAGAGAACAUUUUCACUUAUAAUCGAUGCAGCCGGGUAGCUCUGAAAUAUAUGAAAUGCAUGCAUACUGUAGUUUGGGAAAUAAUCUAGCAGUUCAGACUCUGAGAUAAUUAUGGCAGUAAGCAAAAGCUGUGGGACCUUUUUAGAGUUCAUUGUCAGGUCUGGAGAAGGUUUACGACGAUAAGAACGUGCAGGAUUGGUAUCUUCAUUGUGGAAGAAGCACCCCACUACCGGGUGUCAGUGGAUUCUGCAGGGUCUCUGUGACCUUGUCAGAUGUGACUUUCAAGAAAAUGGAAAUAAAACUGUGUUUUCAGCAUUUUUUACAACUACAAAUCUAAUCUAUCUCAUUUGUAUUCAGCCCCCCCCCCCCUCCCCCUUUAGUCUGAUACCAUCAAAAGUCACCUUAGAAGUCAGUCAGUUAGCAAUCAGAGUAACCAAAUUUAAUCUAAACUCAGCAUUAUUCCAGCUCUUCUGUGUCUGGCCUGUUUCUGGAGUUUUGUUAGUGAACAUUAGCGAGCAAACAGCACCACAAAGCAGCGGACGGGUUACAUCCUGCUGCCUUCAUGGAAAAGUGGCACAAAGAAAGGCAUGACGAGACCAGUUUGCAGAGGGUCAGCUGUGCUGUGGUCAGAUGACACCUAAACCUUUUCUUUCAAAACGCUGUGCGAGUUGGAAAUCUGACACUGGCGCAUGUCCUUGAACACACCAUUCCUAGUGUGGUGAUAGCAUCAUGCUGUGCUUCAGAUGCGUCAGAUCUGCUGGGAAGGCGGGUGGAGUUAAAUACAGGACUACGGUGGAAGGGUUUAGAUCAAAGUAUAUCUCCGUGUUGGAAUGGCCUAGUCAAAGUCCAGACCAAAAUCCAAUGGAGAAUUUGUGCAAGACUUGAAAGUUGGUCUUCAAAGACACUCUCCAUCCAGUCUUAGCUUGAGCCAUUUUGCAAAGACGAAUGGCCAAAAAUCUCUAGGCGUCUAAAGCUGGUAUAGACAUAUCCUAAAAUCGUGAAAUUUCAGUAAAAGGUUGUUCUUAAAACUUGGGUGAAACUGGAUACUAAAGCAUGCUUUCGAUUCUACAAUUUUUUUAAGUCGUAAAAUGUUUUAGAUCCCUGAAUCAUUUUGCAGUUAUGUGCUAUAAAUGCUUUUGCACAGCAUUGUGCAUGAUUAUCUUUACUGCGAGACAUUUUCCUGAUUCGCCACGAUCAAGUCAAGUUCUGACAGGUCAAGUACCUCAUGGUAGACAACGAUGGGGGUCUAAAGGAUGAAGACGGCUUAACUGGUUCCACAGAAAGACAGCACAGAUCUCUUUAGUGAGUGAGCUGCAUCAUCACAUCAUUUAAAACACGUGUGCGCCGUGAAUGUUCAUCCUCCGUCUGGUGGAAACUGCAAAAAGAGGCAGCUUAGUACUGGAAAUUGUGUUGCACAAUGAUCAAGCAGUCUACUGUCAUAUCAUAACCCAGGAAAAAGAUCUGUAACACCACCAGAAGGAAAACGUGCUCUAUUUUUUUUUAUAAAUAAGCACUUUUUUGUUUCAUCACAGUGCCGCUACAUCUGCAGUUACGGUUUAUAGGAAACUCUGAGGAUGCUGAUAUUUAUGGUUUUUACUGGCGAUCCAGAGGCAAGUGCAAAGAUAUCUGUAUAUUUCUUUAUUUUGCUGAGAGUAUUUAUAGAUAUAUAUCUGAGUAUGGUUUACUUGGUGUAAGGAACUGUGAUAUUUCUUAUUUUUUUCCUUUUUCUUUUGUGCGUCUGAGGAUUUAAAAAGAGAAAUCAAGUAUUCAGACACAGGGCCAGAUUUUUUGUCUGCUGCCGCAUUAAAACUUGAAAGUCCGUCAAACUGAUGUUACGAGGUUGGCGUCGGAACAGCAGCAGUUUGCUACAUGCCUUGCAGAGGGUUUUGUUUGUGACCUAUCCGACCUGUAGGACCUUCAGUUUUUGUCCCCAGAACGUCCACUGUGCUCCUCUGUCGUUGUCUGUGUGUGUGUGUGUGUGGGGGGGGGGGGGAGAAAUCGCUCGCAGGUACUUUGUAAAAAUCAAAGCGUCUGUACAUAUUCGCUCUGUAUAUACCGACAACAGGAAGAGUCAAAUAUAUCAAAAAAUCUAUUCACAGAUAAUGAAAACUGAACAUGCUGUACAUAUGUUGUUAUAACGUUGGUGGUCGUAGCACAAUAACGUCCCAUUCACGCGUCGGAUGAAGUACGGCCGGCUCUGCUUUUCUACAUGAAGACGUAGCGCUUGUGCUGACUUCCUGGCCUCUCUCAGUCCCGUUUUUAGCUUUUUUUAGGUAGGAAAGGAGACAGUAGUGCACCUGUUUUUUUGUCUAUAGCUGCUUAGACUGACAUGUCACUGCAGCUACAUGAUGCCGCAUCAUAUUUAACUGGACACUCAAAAUCUUUUGGGCAUCGUCUGACAUUUAUUACAACUUAGUUUCAUGCGUUUGACCGUGUGAACGUGUGUAUUUUACAAUUUAUUCCCUAUUUGACAGCAGAACCUGCAGCUGCGAUGGUAAUGUUUGCUCAUGGCAUCUAGCAGUAAAAACUGUCUGAUAGUGUAGUGCUACAAUAUGCUUUUUUUCAUUUUACUGAUAAAGGGAGUCCAGUUGGUUGAAAGAGACAAAGGCGGUUUGAUAUGUUUUCAUAAAUCCACCGGUGAAGAGGAGAUGCAAAGUGAAACACGGAAAUUUAUAAAUCUACUGAAACAUCUCCCGAAAUCAUCACGCAAAGGUUAAUUUAUUUCAGUAGUUUAAUUUAGAGUCAUUACACACAGAGGGAUAUAAUUCAAGCUUUUACAUCUCUUGAUAUUUGUGAUCCUGGCUUACUGUUAAUGAAAACCACACAUUAUUUUUCUCAGAUAAUUAAAAUAUAGCAAAAGACGAUUAAAAAGGCUUUAACAGGGUUAAUGAUAGGAAUGUGACAGGUGUAGCCCAUGUUCUGGAUAUACUAUAUACUGUAUGUGCCAGCUCUUGAAGCUCUCACUCCAGUUGCAGUCUAACUCUCGUGCACCCUUUUCCACCACACUUUUUUCUUCCACUCAACUUUCCACGAACAUGCUUGUCUAUGGCUGUCUGCAUACAACCAGCUUUUUUUUUUCUAUUUUGAAGCACUGACCUUUUGUGGACAGUCGUCCAGCAAGAGUCAAUGAUCUUUUUGCUGGACAACUGUCAAGUCAGCAGUUUUCUUAAUGAUUGUGUGAGCCAUAAUAUAGCAUAUAGUAAAAAUAUACUCCUGUAUGCAUAUUCUGCAUCAAAAAUAUUUAUUUAUUAUUUUUAUUAGUUGAAUUUACUGAGAAAAUGAGUUUUGGGUCUUCAUUAGCAGUGAGCCAUAAUCAUAAGAAUCAAUCUACAUGUGAGUUUCCCUUUUCAAACGGAGUUAAGGAAAUAAAUGACAUUUUAAAUUAUUACAUUUCUCUUUAUUGAACUGUACCCUUAGAGGACAUUGGUAUAUUCACACGUCUGUUUGCAUGGUUUUUUCUAAAGUGUUUACAACCCCAGCUUUUGUUUUAACUCUCCAGUUAUGGUAAAUCUUUGUUAUGAAACAUCUUCAAAUCUGCUGUCAGAUCAGUCAGCUGGAUCCUCCAGAUGAAUUUGCGUAAAAUAAAGCAUUAAUUAAGUAGUUUGCAUUAUAAUUAGGAGGACUUGUAAACACUUAGCUGCCGUUGUACUUGGGCUGAGCUCAGUGCCGUGUCCCCUCUCUGUGUUGAUCCCUGAGCACCAGCGAUUCAUCUGUGUGUUUUUCGCGAAAUGAUUUCACCUCAAACUUCACAUCCCAGAAAGUUUCUAGCAUCGCUGCUUUUUGAGCACCGACAUAUAAAGCCUUUUUCUACACAAACAGGUGGAAUGUACUUACAAUAUUCACCUCAAAGGUCGCGACGGAGGCAGGUGUGUGUGUGUGAGUCGUCCGCAUAAGUUCAUGCAUUAGAGACUGGGUGGGUGUAUUAUGAGCAGUUUUGUGGGAUUAAAGUCAACAUUGUCUGUUGUGCAUUUCUGCAGCAUGCAUUUUCACCAUGCCUAUGAAAUAUGUCUUAUAUUUGGUCCUAUCUAAAUGUGCUUGUAUUUAUAUUUUUUGAGAGAAAAGAUCAAGCUUUGCAGGAGGUAAGAAUCAGAGCUGCCCUUUACCAUUUUUUUUUUUAUUUUUUUUUUGGCAAAACUCAUAAGUUCUGCUCCACUAUUGUCGUGCAAAAGUAGAUCCGCUUAAACCAGAGACCAACAUCCUGAUAAAGAACCCUGUUUAGUAAACUUCUGGACUUUAAUCUACUGGAGCACUGUAUAUCCUAGAAUUAUCCAGUUUAGUGUGUAGACUACACUGUGGUGCAUGCAGUCAUUGCAGCCAAAAUAUUCACCGUUUUUCUUUUGUUUCAUUCUGCAAAAGUCCAAGUAAUAAGUUAGUUCAAUCUUUGUGUUAAAGUGAUGCUGUUGACUCUCAACAUUUGGAAAAAAAAAAGAAAAGGAAAUGACAUUUCUUUGAAAAACUUAUUUUAUCUCUUGGCCACCAAGUGGAAUUCUGUGUAAGGUGGGGGAAAAAAAGAAUAAUCAUCCGAAUGUUGAAACUAUUAAACAUGUUUUUAUAUCA